CCACUCUUCACCUGGAUAGUGGCGGAGAAGUGGAGCAUUAGCCUUCGUAUCGAAGCAUCAUUGGUUCGAUCAAUGGCGGCGCACGGUGCCUGGGACUAAACCUUAAGUGGGGAGGAUUCUCAUUCGGAGUGGAGCUUACGCUGGAAGUUGAAAACAAUCAAGAUUCCCGGUUCUCGUCAGUGAUGUGGAGUAACUGUCAAACCAUUUCACCAUGGGAGCUGCGAGGCGCCAAAAAUCGCCACGGUCGGACUCGGAAUCUUCGCCGAGGGAGGGAAAUGCAGAGGACAAUUACGACCAGGCGGGAGAGCUGGAUGAUGGCACAGAUUAUUCUGAUUAUUACGAGGAGUUCGCGAGUGACACCACCUCGAUCAAUUCGGCGAUCACCGCUUAUCGCUAUGAAAAUGGGAGACGAUAUCAUGCUUACAAGGACGGUGCUUACUGGGGCCCCAACGAUGAGACCCAGAACGAACAACUCGACAUAGCUCAUCAUAUGUUCACAAUGCUUCUCGGCAACAGGCUGUGUCUUGCCCCUAUCUCAGAUGAUGUCCAGAGAGUGCUCGACGUCGGUACUGGAACGGGGAUAUGGGCUAUUGACUUUGCGGAUGAAUACCCCUCCGCAGAGGUCAUUGGGACUGACCUAUCACCGACUCAACCCAGCUUUGUCCCGCCAAACCUGCAAUUCGAGAUCGACGACGCAGAAGAUUCAUGGGCAUACCCCGAGAACCAUUUCGAUCUGAUCCACGUGCGUGCACUCUACGGGGCGAUUUCCAACUGGCCAGCGUUCUAUCGCAACAUGUUGAUCGGUCUACGGCCUGGCGCAUGGUUCGACCAACUCGAGAUGUCCAUCCAGUUCAGAUCGGAUGACGGCACCGUGACCCCCGACCACGUCCUGGCAGAGUGGUCACGUCUAUUCAUCGACGCAGGGGAGAGAUUCGGCAAAACGUUUCGCAUCGCCGACUUAGCCCGCCAACACAUGAUCGAUGCCGGAUUUGAGAAUGUAACCGAGCGGCGAUUCAAGCUCCCUGUUGGUCCUUGGAGCAGGGACGAGCACUACCGACAGUUGGGGAGCUGGAAUCUGCUGCAUUGCGAGCAGGGUAUCGAAGGAUGGUCCAUGGCACUGCUCACCCGUGUGAUGGGGUGGAGCUACGAGGAAGUGCAGGUAUUCUUGGCCAAGAUGAGGAAAGGAUUGCGCGACUACUCCAAGAUCCAUGCCUAUUUCCACGUGGUGAGCGUCUACGGUCAGAAGCCGCUGAAGGGACCUGUACCUUGAUUUCACCAAAUACGAUCUUUACGACGAGUGUCAGUAAGCAGGACAAUGAGGUAGGAUAUAGAUUAUGGCGUGGGGUGGCGAUGAUUGCGUUAUCUAGACCCUGUACUUAUGUGGGUGGUUCUUUUAAUUGAGUAGCUGAUUUCUAGCAGACCUAAUUUCAAUCUACGACUGGGGUGUAUGACGAAGAGGCCUAGAUCUUUUACC